GUAUUUAAUGGCACUUGGAAGACAUUAGGUGACUUGGUGAGAGGUAUCAGUAGCUUCACUAGGCUUAAUUCAGGCAGUUAUCACCCUCCAUAGAGCGCAUUGACCAACCUCGUCCACACGUCAGAGAGCGAUGUCAAUAUAGUCAGACAGUGAGAAAGAAAGAAAAUAACUUGUGGAGACAAAGGAGUGAGGAACUAUGAAGCACUGAGAUUGCAACGAUUUUUUCACCCAACAUCUAGACUUUAGUUUUUGGAUAGAUUUGUAGGAUGCUUUUGUUUUUUUACAUUUGUUAUGAUUUUUCGUACCACAAAAGAUUUGUUGUGCAGAACUUGAAGUGUGGCAAGAAAGUAUCCAUGAGAACAGGUUAAAGUGCAAUAUUGUUUUUGUUUUUAAAGGUAAUUACUAAGGAUAAUAAUUGAUAAAAACGUGGAAAGCCCGUAGAAGCAGUCCCGUUGUGAGGCUCUAUAUCUCCUAUUUUUUGCCUACUCGCACAUAUAGAGGAAUGUUGCCCCAGCUCGAAAAGGUGAUCCAGCUCCUGACGCUGGUGUGCGGACUAUUCUUUGGAGUUGUAUCAACGGAAAACGAAGUAAAAGCAGAGGUGUGGUUGCAGCAGUAUGGCUACCUGCCCCCAGGUGAUGUCCGAGCCCAGGCUAUCCGUUCUCCCAAGUCCAUCACAACAGCCAUCACAGCCAUGCAGAGGUUCUACGGCCUGGCCGUCACCGGAUCUAUCGACAUCAACACCCUACAGGCGAUGAAGCGGCCGCGUUGCAGUGUUCCGGACAAGUUUGGCUCUGAGCUGAAGAGCAACCUGAGGAGGAAGAGAUACGCCGUACAGGGGCUGAAGUGGGACAAACAAGAGGUCACAUUCAGCAUACAGAACUACACCCCUAAGAUAGGGGAGCAUGCUACAUACGAGGCCAUCCGCCGGGCGUUUAAGGUGUGGGAGGCAGUCAUCCCUCUCCGCUUCCGAGAGAUCCCUUACAGCCACAUCCGGGACAAGGUCGACAAGUACGCUGACAUCAUGCUGUCAUUCUCCGAGGGUUUCCACGGCGACAGCACGCCGUUCGACGGCGAGGGCGGCUUCCUGGCUCACGCAUACUUCCCCGGGAACGGGAUAGGGGGUGACACGCACUUCGACAACGCUGAACCCUGGACAACCGGCUACGUCGACCAAGGGGGUAAUGAUGUGUUCCUGGUUGCGGUCCAUGAGUUGGGUCAUGCCCUGGGUCUAGAACACUCCAACGAGCCGUCUGCCAUCAUGGCUCCAUUCUACCAGUGGAUGGACACAGAGAACUUCCAGUUACCUGAUGACGAUCGCCAUGGCAUCCAGGCAAUCUAUGGGUCGUCCGGAGCGCCACCCCCUCCCCCCCGCCCCACCAGACCCUCCAAGCCAGACCACCCUGGACUCGGACCAGACGUCUGCGAGGGACACUUCGACACCAUCGCCAUCCUCAGGGGGGAGAUGUUUGUCUUUAAGGAUAAAUGGUUAUGGCGUGUUCGGAACAACAAGGUGCUCCAGGGUUACCCCAUGCCCAUCGGUCACUUCUGGAAGGGACUGCCACCAAACAUCAACGCUGCCUAUGAGAGGAACGAUGGCCAAUUUGUCUUCUUCAAGGGUGACAAGUACUGGGUGUUCACAGAGUCCAGUAUGGAGCAGGGUUAUCCUAAGAGUCUGAAGGAGCUAGGUACAGGGCUGCCCAAAGACAAGCUGGAUGCUGCCCUCUUCUACACCCCCACCGGACAGACAUACUACUUCAGAGGGACCAAGUAUUACCGUUUCAAUGAGCAGUCCCAGACUGUGGACAAAGACUACCCCAAACCCAUCAACACAUGGCAGGGCGUCCCCGACAACGUCAAGGCUGCCAUCAUGAGCGAAGAAGGAUCCUACACCUACUUCUAUAAAGCCAACAAGUACUGGAAGUUCAACAACCAACACAUGAGGGUGGAGUCGGGCUACCCCAAGUCGGUGCUCAGCGAAUGGAUGGGCUGUGCGGGGGAGGACCCUAAGAAGCGGGACGGCGAGGAGGAAGUCAUCAUCAUCGAGGUGGAGGAGGAGGGAGAAGGCGGGGUCACGGCGGUGGCUGUGGUGAUCCCUCUCCUCCUAUUGGUCUGCGUGGUCCUCACUCUGGGAGCCCUGCUGUUCUUCAGGAGGUACGGGACGCCACGACGUCUCCUCUACUGCCAGAGAUCUCUACUGACUAAGGUUUAGAGACGGAGUGAAUGAACCAAUGACGCAGAGGGACUGAGAAAGAGAGUGACUGAACGAAUUGAAAGAUUGAAAGAAAGAGGGGAGAGGGAGGGACAGGGUGAGAAAAUGGAGGAUGAGGAAAGGGGGAUGAAAGGAGUUGGAUUGUGUGGUAAGCGAGAAGGGGUAAUGUAAGGGGGGUUGGUUGGUUGGACGUUGGGGUUUGGUCCGUUGGUUGGGUUGUAUAUGCCACAGACAGAGGAUGAGAGAGAGAGAGAUAUAGGAGGGAGAGAGAUAUAGGAGGGAGAGAGAUAUAGGAGGGAGAGAGAUA